AAAAUGAAAGUAGGUUUAAAAUGAAAGUGCACCAGGGUGACUAAAGAUUUAUUUUUAUCAGACCUACUGGUCUUACAAAAGAAUGGCGUCCUCGUCUUGGCAAGAUUCACUGUCGUUAAAAGAUGCACUUCUCCAUAUGCUGAAGCAGGAGAUUUCCUGUGACGUCAAAUUUAUUGUUGGGGAAGAUUUAGUUGAGGUCAGUUGUCACAGUUUUGUUCUGAUUGCACGGAGUCACGUGUUUGAAGCUAUGUUGACUAGUCAGAAUCCGAUGACUGAGCGAGACCAGGAAGGGACAGCGAUAGUGUCAUUGCCAGAAGUGGAUGUAGAAAUUGUUCAGUGUUUUCUCAGGUAUUUAUACACAGAUGAAGUUGAACUGACGGCAAAUAACGUCAUGGCAAUACUAUAUUUAGCCAGAAAAUAUAUAGUUCAGACUCUUUCUGACAAUUGCCAGGAAUUUAUAAUGAAAGCCUAUCUCAUGGAAGCGGAUAACGCGGUAGAAAUAUAUCACCAAGCCUUCUUGUUUGAUCUGGAAGAUUUGAUGACGGACAGCAUGAAGAUAAUUAAUCAAAGAACGGAACAGUGUCUACAGUCCGACCACUUCCUGGCUCUUCCACCAGAGUGUGUUCGAAGAAUAAUCGCAGACAACCACCACCACCAAGUGAAGGAGGAAACUAUUUAUAGAAGCGUUAUGAGGUGGUGUGAGGAAGAGUGCAAAAGAAGAGGUUUAAAGGAAAAUGACGAGGAGAUCCGGAAGGUUUUAAAAGAUUCUGGUAUUUUGUAUGAGAUACGAUUCCAAAAUAUGGAUAUACGAUUCUUUCGGUCAUCUGUUGAAAAGAGACGGAUUUUGACAGAAGACGAGAAAAGAGAAGUAAGAGCUCCAAGCUCGAGAGGCAGGAUUUUGUCUCCGGGAAUAUUUAAAAACGAACCAAGAAAUGUAUGGCAAAGAGUAAUGAGAAUGGAAGAAUGCGAAGAAGAAAUGGUACUGGACGAUCUAGAACAUAUCAUUGCCUUCGAGUCCUCUGUAGAAUGCGUAAUGCAUGGAAUUGUUACAUAUGGAUUAAGCCAUGAAAGUAACAAAAUUACAGUUUAUGUCAAACUUAUUGAUGCCGAUGAUAAGACAAUAGUUCUUGAAGACUUUUGUUUCGAAUCUGAUCCUCAAACAAAACAUUAUGAAGUCAUAUUUCAAAAAGCUGUAGAUAUUAAGCCAGAUAUACCAUACCGUGUCUGUAUUUCACUGGAUGACACCGACUGGUCUUGGAAAGGAAAGAAUGGCCGUCACUCUGUGCCCUUCAAAGAUGGCGAGGUUACUUUCUCUGAUUUCGGUGGGGGAGAAACUUGUAUGCUGGAAGGACAGAUCCCUGGAUUACUUUUAUCUUAAAAAGUAAAAAUCCUAAAUUCUUCUGUCACACUUUAGUCAAUGCAGAUCACACGUGCUUUCAAAACUUUAUACUAGCAUGUUUAC